CAUGUCCUUUCAGCUACCUCCACCAAGGGCAAAGCUGCCAUGUCCAAGACUGCUGCGGAAGGCCUUCCUUAUUGCUGAGACGGACAACAUAGAGGACUAUCGUACUCAGAUUAUGUCCACGUUUGGUAAAGUGCUUAAGUACGACUCUACCAAAAAGAUCUGCAAGAAACUGUCUGGCCAUGGGAAAGGGACUGCAGAAUGGUGCACCAACGUGGCAAAUGAGGAGGGGCAGAUCCUCAUAUCUGUCUUGACGUGUGAGGAGUCCCUGGAGAAGCUGCGGCCUAUGGCUGAAGGCCUCAUGGACAGGUACACGAGAGCGGGAGAGGCACCUCCUGAACUGAUGUACGUGGACCGUGGCUGCUGUCGUGUCCAUGGGGUCUCGUCCUUGGAGCAGCUGUUCAGCAAAUGGGCAGAGGCUGGCAUGCUGGUACGGCUAGACAUUUUUCAUUGGAUACACCGAUUUGAUGCAGCUGUCAGAACAGAUCACCAUCCGAAAUAUGCCCUAUUCAAGUCUGCACUCUCUGCCGCCGUCUUCUCAUACAAUAAAGACGACAUGGCACUGCUCUUGCAGGCCAUACGCGCAGGACACUCGAGCCACUAUGACACCCUGACUGAUGGCCAGCUGAUCGACACAUACGUCACCAAGCACGAUCUCCGUCAUUAUGUCAGGAGGAUCACAGUGGGGGCCCAGGAGACUUUUGUACGAGUCCAACGGGCUAUCGAUGUCCUGAAGGGAGCAGCAGGGAUGGACGAGAACCGGGUUCAUCUGUUCAAGGACCCAGCAACAGUGGAUCACGUCUGGCAGAACCAGCAGAAACACCUAGAGUGUAUCCAGGACCCACCAGGGAGGAAUAUGUACACCGUUACUAAGUACAUCACACGUAAUGGUGUGCGUCUUGCGCGGUACAGGACAGUAAGAGGUAGCAAUAGCCUCGAAGGCUUUCAUUCCUUUCUGCCCAGCAUGAUCCCUGGGCCCCACUGUGCUGCUGUCCCCUUCCAGGUUUAUCUGCUGGCUGGGAUCGCACGCUGGAACAGCGACCGGGAGUCAGAUGCAGUCAAAGGCCAAAAGGGGAGGCAACACCAGGUCUACGUAUCACCGCUGGUCCAACGGCUCAACCAGAGGUGCCAAGAGCUUUUUGGGAGUGUGGAGGAGGUGAAUUACAGGCCGCCUGUUCCCCCUGGUGAUGAACGUAUUGGACUUGAGUAUCUGUUUGCCCAGUCGUCAGACUCUUUCAGCGCUUCAGACCAUUACGCACACACCAGAGAGAUGCUGCGUGUUGAUGAGGACGAGGAGGAGGAUGAAGCUUCUGCAGACCAGCAAGUCGAAUCCCUGGAAGAGGACGAUGUUGGCUACACCUCUGAUGGUGAGAGCGACAGUUUGGCUCCACUCAGGAGAAAUCUGUGCCUCACUGACCUGGUUGUGGCUGCAGAGCUAGAUCCUUGUGUGGAGGAUGUGUGUGGCCCAAAUCACCUCCCUGGGUACCAGCAUGUUGAGGAGCUGAGCAACAUACUUGUCGAGAUUGCGCUUCAGGAGGGAAAGCUUGCUCUGAGUGAGCCUACAAGGCAGAAGGUCAUCAGUGCCUGGAGCAAGCUUGACCUCCACGACCGGAACAUCCAGCAGUUUGACAGUCUCUACUCGGCACGCUGGGGCAAUGCGCUCUUCAGUCGCACAAAUGGAGAUCCAGCAGAAUCUUCCAUUGUGCAAAAGCUAAAGUUCAGCAAACGGUACUCGGCUGCCCACCUGCUGGACUCUAGGAAGAACCGCCUCAUGUACUGCUUAAUUAAACAGCUGUGGCUUCACCCAAACUGUGGAGCGAAGAGUCGUGCGUCGCCACAGAAACAAGAGGUCACCAGGCUGUACCAGCGUGUCCAGCAAAGGGUGACUGUUGAUGACCCUGUACUCAGCAAGCUUGGGAUUCCCAUCCUGAAAAUUAAUACCAAAAGCGUUGCUGAGUUCAUCAGGAGACAGGAGGCCUUGUCAGCCAGAAAUGUCACAGAUCAAGGCCUAUCCAUCCUACGCCGUCAGCAGUCUCUUUCUGGCACCAGCCAACCCCCCGCACUGGAGCUCCCUGACGAACGGCCCCAAACCAGCCGACCUCAAGUGCAGUACGAGUUCACUCCGUCUCUGGCAGGAACAAGGAGACUAAAACAGAGAGUCACUCGUAGUUUGCCUCCAACCUCCACUCAGCCACUGCUGUUUGCCCCCAGUCAGCCACCAUCGCUUUCCCUCACUCUGCCAGCUCAGCCACAACCAAUUUCCUCCACUCUUCCAUUUUUAUCCACUCUGCCACACACCGUUGCUGCCGGACUCCAGCCAACCCACAGUCAGGUGAAGGCAGGACCCCUAACUGUGCCUCUUGCUGACCACCAUCGGCCACCGGCAAGGUCAACAGCCUACAAAAGGAAGAGGGCAGAGCACAGUGGGGCUAACCAAGAAGCCCCAGUUAGGCUGUACAUUUGUGUGCUGUGUGGCCUACCGACCCAAGGUCACAAAAAGUACAAAAAAAAAACAUAUUGUGACAGCACAAAGUCAUCCCCCUCAAAAGGACUUGAUGGGAAAACUUUUGAGACAUUUGAAGAUUUUCAGAAGGCAGUGGACCUUGUUUUGAGUGACAAAGGGGUUGGGUUGUAAAUAGUUCUCUAUUUUGUUUUAUAUUAGCUUUGCUGUUCAAUAUUACUGUUCAUGUUCUACAGUUGUUGUGUUCCCCUGUGUUAUUUACUAGCUACACUGUGGUACUGUGUUCUGUUUAAGCACAAAAAGCUUGUAUAUAGUUUUGCUGAAAAAAGCACAUCUAAGCACUAAGGCCUGUGGCCCCUAAUCCACCUUUUUUGUAAGGUCAAAAUGGGUAUCUUUGAUUUUUUUGAAGUGUACAUUUGUGUUUAAGUGUUCAUUGUUGUGUUCAAAAGUGAUAUAUAUAUUUGCACAUAUUUAAAGGUUUAUUGCUGUGUAAUAAUGGCUUAUACUUUAACUUGUUCAUUGUUGUUGAAGAAAAAGUGAUUUAUAUAUUUGCACAUA